AUUGGUCGGUCAUCAUUGUCCACGUUAUACUUGGUAUUCGUGGAUAAGAAACUAUCUGUUGCAGUUACAAUGAAGACAAUACCAAAGUGUAAUCAAGAUGCUUGGUGGUGGAGCAGAAGUUCUUUUUGGGGAAAAGUUGCUUUAGGUUUAUUUGUUUUUAUUAUUUUGAUGGACUUUCCUCUGAUGUGCCAAGGACAUGAUCCUCAUGAUCAUCACCACCAUCACCAUGAUCAUGACCAUCAUCACCAUGAUCAUGAUCAUCAGCCAGCGAGUUUUAAAUACUCUCAAGCAGCUAACAGUAAUUUCAAGCCGCCACCGGUACAUGAUCAUCACCAUGAGCACCAUCAUCAUGAUCAUGGUCAUGAUCACAAGCAUCCAAAAGCUAAACCAACGACUGCAGAACCACGCGAGAGUGUCAUGCUAAAUGCUAUCGGAGCAACUUUACUGAUAUCAGCAGCUCCUUUUGUCGUGCUUUUCUUCGUUCCUCUAGAUAAUUCUAAAGAAAAAGAGUCAUUGCUGAAAAUACUGCUGAGCUUUGCAUCCGGUGGUCUUUUGGGUGAUGCAUUUUUACAUUUAAUUCCUCACGCUCUGACUCCUCAUUCACAUUCAGAUUCAGAGUCUGAUCACGAUCACGAUCAUGGGCAUGAACAUUCUCAUGAUCAUGGUCAUGGACAUAGCCAUGAUCAUGGCAACGGCAUGGCUGUUGGUCUCAGUGUCCUACUGGGAAUAAUAGUCUUUUUAGUUGUGGAAAAAAGCAUAAGGUUAAUAAAAGGUGGUCAUUCGCAUUCACAUUCUCAUGAAGUUGAUACCAAGUCUAAGGACAAAAAGAAGAAUGAUGACGCUGAUGAUGAAGUUGAAGCUGAAUCAGAUGAUGGAGAUAUUAAAAUAGCUGGUUAUUUAAAUUUAGCCGCUGAUUUCUUGCACAAUUUUACUGACGGUCUGGCAAUUGGUGCCAGUUAUCUGGCUGGAAAAAAUAUUGGGCACAUCACGACUUUUACAAUUUUAUUACAUGAAGUACCACAUGAAAUUGGUGACUUUGCUAUUCUUGUACAGAGUGGUUGUAGUAAAAAGAAAGCGAUGAUGCUUCAAUUAAUCACAGCCUUAGGUGCUCUAUGCGGUACUUAUAUGUCCUUAUUGGCUGAAGGAAUGGGAGAUGUAGCAACAGCGUGGAUUCUACCAUUUACAGCUGGUGGAUUUAUUUAUAUCGCAACGGUGUCAGUAAUACCUGAAUUAUUAAUUGACACUAAAUUCUGGCAAUCAGUCAAGGAGAUAAUUGCUCUUUUGUUGGGUGUUUAUAUGAUGGUAUUAAUUGCUGCAUAUGAAUAA